AUGGCAGCGCACGCCGAAACCGAAGACCCGCUCUACAAUCUGCGCCUCAGCAUAAAAGCAUCGGCAACGCCCAUCCUCACCACGUCCGCGACCCCAACACCUGCCGACACUGUCGCCGACCUCGCCCUCGCAACCCACGUAUCCUUCAACACCGACGAUGGCGCGCACCGCACCUUCAGCCUCACAUCUGCCACGCGCUUCGCGCCAGACAGCAAACCCAUAGACUUGCGCAGCUGCUACUUCGCCUGGUUGAACAAAGACGCCUCUGUGACAGACUAUUUUGCCGCCGUGCAAACUCUCAAUGAAGAGCUACCGAGUGGAGCAGGCGGGAGUGUGCAGAAUCUCACGUUUGCACAGAAGAUUGAGCUGAUAGCUUGGCUGAGUGGGGAGACUGAGAGUAGUGAUAGUAUUGCUGCUAUUGACGCAGGCGCAGCGAGUACGGCGGCGGGCGAUGCAGCGGCCAUUGCUGGCGGAAAAGGCGUCCCAGUUGACAGGCACGUGAAGAGCGUAGGAGGAGGGAAACUAGUCGAUGCGCGGCUGUUGCAAAUCUAUGACGGGGAGAGGAAGAUGGGAGAUCACAACAGUGUCCUGAGGGGAACGAAGAACAUCGACUUCUCUCCAUACCGCAAAAUCGCCUCAACUUUCCUCCGCAGCCGCCCCUCAGACCCUCAAGUCCCAGCACCACAACCCGCGCUCGUCUCAAACCUGCAAAAGCGCCCCCCGAAACGCCUCGAACCCAUCAUCCUACUCUCCCCCUCAGCUUCCUCAUUGCUACGCACGUCGAACGCAAAGCCUUUCCUCAGCGACGGCAUCUUCAUGCCCCCGAACGCGACAGAAACCACCUCGUCCGCAACCAAUAUGCUGCGAAUCCAACGCGUCCUGCCCUCAAUAUCCAGCUCGCCCAUGACAUUCAUCCUCGUCGACAGCACAGCUAGUUUCAAACCCACGUACUGGUCCCGCGUCGUGGCCAUCUUCACCACGGGCCAAACAUGGCAGUUUAAGAGUUACAAGUAUACCAAUCCCGCGGAGCUGUUUAGCCACUAUCCCGGAUUGUAUGUCGGCUGGGCGAACGAGGAGCCGCCGGAGAAUGUAGUGGCGCUUGGGCGAGGCGUGUUGCCUGUUCGGGUGGACAAGUGGACGGGCAGUGAGAAGGGGCGGUGGAGGGAUAGGGAGGUCGUGGAGCGCAUUUGGGGCCGCGUCGAGGAGGGCAUGCGGAAAGGUGGGUGGACAAGUUACGGGCCUGGAUUGGCGGGGCAGCAAGGUGGGCGGUAG